CAGGAAUGCAACACAUGUUGCAGAGGACUUUCACUGCCCUCUGUGCCCCACUUUCAGCCCUACCGUCAGGGCAAAGAUUGAGGAGCAUCUAAGUGUGCAUAUAAAAAAUGCUUUGCAUUUCAACGAUAAAAUGAUAUGCCGGUGCAGGCUGCCUUGUAGGACAACAGGACACUUUCACUGCCCUGUCUGUAAGAUUACAAUCAUACGGCGUGGGGAUAUGGCAAGGCAUUUAUUGUCUUGUCAGCAUUCUUCAAUGCCAAGUCAGCCACCAUUAUCAGGACUGCUCCCCGCUGAACUCUCCGAGGAGACCCCUAUUCUUCCGGCAGUACUCUUCGAGGAGCCCCAUCUCCCCCCCAAGGUUUUGUCUUCGGUAUCUGAACCAUUUUCUGAAUCUUUGUUAGAACAUUCCUAUGCUCUACCCUCUGUGUUCAAUAAAACUGCGGCUGAUGGAAAGUCCAUGAAAAUGACAUGCCCUCACUGUGGCCUUACUCUUCGUACCAAAAACUACAAGGCUCACAUGAUGAGGAAGCACUCCAACCGAUCAAUCGAUGUUUCCCUGGCCAGUCAUCUGCAGUGUGUUUGUGUAGAUGAAACUACAGGGUUAUUUGCUGUGCAGAGAACUGGCCAUGGGUUUUCUGUGCCAGUUCACGUUCAGAGGAAAACAUGGGGGAUGUCUCACAAUAUCAGAUGUGAGCUGGAGGAAUGUCAGCAAUACCAGUUGCUGGCCCACCGGAGCGGACUAGGCUUCAGUUUAUGUGAGCACCUUCACUCACUAGAUUACUGCCGAGAAACUGUAAAGGAGGUUUUUCUUCAAGAGCACAUCGUGAUGGAAAUGGUGGACCUUAAAUGUUUUGGAGAGGCCAAAGCUGCUACAUGCAUAAAGAGACAGAAAGCUGCCCAGAUGGCACAUGCUCCACUUUGUGUGAGGGUGGAUUUUGGUGGAUCCUCAACACAGAUCUGUUUGUCUGUAUUUGAGCUGGAAAUACACAGUUUCUGCCGUCUUGGCAGAAUAUUUGUGACUUACAAUGCUCAGAGGAACACAUGGCAUUGUGCUUGUGCAAAGCCACGAAUAUCAUGUUCUCAUAAAAACAUAGCUAAAUGGCAUCUCUUCCAGACACAGAGAGACAUCUUCAAAUCAACUGUACCACUAUCAUCAGGCACCCCAUCACAGAUGACUCAGGAGAGUUCUUCCUUUGAGGACAAUGCUGCUGUCGAAAGGAGUAUCCGCUAUAUGUUUAAAGAGAAAAAAAUUCCUGGAUCUCUUCCAGAAAAUGUCAUCUCACAGAAAAUGGAUCAUCAGAAACAGCUCUUUCCAUGUGAAACGUUGUGCCAGGUGUGCCCAGAGCACCCAAAACUUGAUGAGGCUGUUCUAGUUACCAAUAAAGCGAGGAUUGUCAGCAUGAUGGGAGUGAUUGAGAAUGUUUCAACACACCAUAGAUCGUGUCCUCGGUGACACUUGGUCUACAGAUACCAGGAGUGGACAGAUGGGCUUCACAACUUUGACAACCACGUUGUUUUGUCUCUUGAACUCUGCCUUUUUUUGAGAGAAAAUCUGCAGAACCAUGUAUCGGCUUCAAGGGUCAUUGACUCAUUGGAGGGCUUAAGAAGAGUGAAGUUUCCUUCUAGGGAUACCAUUUUUCAUGCUUAUUGCCAUUUUGAGGCUUUGACUGACACAGACUACAUGUACUCCUGCAUAAACUGUGGGUUUCACCCCCCUGUGGUAGUUAUGGACUUACACAGAAAAGGGGUGUUCAAGUUAGCAGGCGGCGUGAAGAAUCCAUUUUCAGUUCCACCAAGUUACACGCACUGGGCACCAUGGAUCGGGAGUGAAACUCGAACAAGUGACAUUGUGCUUAACACAGAGUUUCAAAAAGUAGGAACAAGCUCUUCACAUGAAGCAAAGCUUAGCAGUGUCACAGAAGACCGUCUGUUGGAUGAACUCGCCAAACAAAAGGUUGGAGUGGUGAGAAAAUUGUGUAAAGCCUGCAACAUCGACUCCAAAGGCUCCCGCUUUGAUCUCAUCACCAGACUGAGGGAGAAGAUGAAGAGCAGGCAGACAUAUGAUAAGGUCUUUCAAAGCAUAUGGGGGGCCUCUGGAGGAUGGUCUGUAAUACUAUGUCCACAUGGCAUUGUAUACAGUGUUAAAUUUAAUCUUCGUGCUGAAAGUCCCCGGGAUUUUGCUGACCUUCUCCUGUCCUGGAAGCACAUGCCAAACGUCUGUGUUUACGAUUCUGCAAGGGGUUUGGUGGCACACACCAAUUUGCGGGUUCCUGAUAAACUGCCAUUUCAUCCACAUGAAGGUCGACUGGCUGUGCCCACUGAGGAAAAUGUCAAGGCUGCACAGGAUGGAAGCCUGAAAGUGAAUCUUCCAUGGCUACAUGAAAGGAUGGAUAGUGUAAAUGAAAAUCCUCAUCCUGUCACUGGAUCAUCUGACCAUUAUGUCCUGUAUGACAGAUUUCAUGAGGGAAAUACAAAAGAUCCCAAGGACUUAUUACGCAGAGUUCAACUUGUCCCAGAGCUGAAAGGCUGGCUGAACAGUCAAGUUGUUGAACAGUUCUUUGCAAACAUGAGGAAAAGCAAUUACUUUUUAAGUAAUAUGAGUCCAUCCACACAUGUGUUUCUGAUGAGAAAUAUAACUCAUCAUUAUAACACUGUCACCAACAAGAAACUUCUGGAGAGGCAGCUAAGACAUGGUCGACUUGGAAAGAUCAAUAUCUCAUUGUCGGCACUGGGUCAAGCUGUCGUAGCCCCACAGAUGUGCAGUAAACCCAGAGAAACCACAGAAACGGUGUUGAACCCAGCACCUUCAAUGUCUGGUGACACUGAACCUCAGGUAAGAGUUGACAACAAGAAAGCCAAUAGAAGGUCAACAGAUGCAACUUUUCCUGACCUGUGUGGACCACCGUGCGAAGCUCUGACAAAGCCUGAGAACAUUUUGGCCAGCCGUUCAUCAUGGUGUUUUGUACCGCACCCGGGCCAACAACAGCUUCUCAACUAUGUUCUGGACAUCAGCAGACCCAAAGAUGAGCUGAUUGUUGAAACGUCUUCUGGAUGCAUCACGCGGGCAGAUUUUUGGACACUGGGUUUAAACAAACAAAUGGAAUCAACUAUUGGAAAUGGCUGUUUUGAGCUUAUCACUAAAAUUGUUCAGUCAAAGGGGAUAAGCAUUUACAUAGAAAAUCUGUAUGUCACCCGGACUUGGCUUGCACCCUAUGGCUGUGAUCCAUUGCAGUCCUUUCCUACUGAUGCUCAGAGGAUGGACAUCAUAGUUCUCCCUCUCUGGACACCUGGUCAUUUCCAGUUGUGUGUACUGAAGCCACCUAAAAGAGAAAUCCUCUUUCUUGACCCAUUAUACACAAAGGCAGGAUUUGGUGGCCAACAAUAUGUUUCACUUUUGAGGUCACAUUUUUAUAAGCAUGUUUGGUUUGUUCCAGAGUUUUCAGGAACCUGUUCAGUGUUCCAGGUUAAGUGCAUCCCAGAUCAUGUUCUGCUGAUCUUGAGUGUUCACACAUACAGUACACUCACAUGCUUUUUUUUAUAAACUAUAUCAGUAUGAUGCUUCAACAUUUUAUUCUAUUUCUCAUCUUCACAUUCUGAUCAAGUCAGUGAUGCUGUCUUUAGAUGAGUUUCAGACAUAAAUAGGGUCUUCAAAUGUUCUAGUUUAACAUAAAACACCAUUAAAUAUUAGUUUAUAAAAUAUGCCAACCUGAAAUUAAAGCUGAAAAUGCUUAAUUUUGACCAACUGUGAGCAUGUGACUGUACUUUUUCAUUUUGUUAUGCUGUUUUGUUGAGGUCGUGUUCGGCCUGUAGUUACAGUUGGUGCUAUUAGCAAUAAACAUUUCACACCCAUCGUGAUGAUGUCUGUUAACUUGUGAAUGUAACUGUCUUGAAAAAAAGGAAUCUUGCAGUGAAGCUCAUUCCCGGGCAGUGGUCAGAAAAAAAGAGCUUUGACUUGAAGGGUUUUCCAAAGCCAAGACUAUGGAGUUGACUGUGGGAUCUUCAUGCUGAUGUCUGCUCUGUACGUGGCACUGGAUGCACCAUUUGACUAUACUAUACUCUGGCAAGCUAUUUGCACACUGGAGAGAGGAAGCCAAAGCUGUGCUUGAAGGACAACACGUGCCCAUUUUCAGACUGAAAAAAGCAAGAGUUCCAGGAAGUCAGUCAGGAGCCAGCAGUUGUUGAAGAUCUGCGUCCUGCUGUGCAGUGGGUUGUCCAAAAUAAGGCACUUUUCCGUGGACACGUAACAAUGCCAAAAUAUCUGUCCUUAAAUCAAGGGGACCAGCAGAGGGUCUUAAGAGACAUGUCAGAGGAAGAAGACACUGGAGCAAGGGACUUGUUCCUCUUUGUUUUUCAGUUUGCAGAGGACAUGGAGCUCUUUUUGAAAGCAUGUGCUGAUGAGCAGGGACUAAGGGUCAGUGCUAUGUUUGACAUGUAAUGGACAAAUAAAGGCACUGGCUGUUUGUUAUAUUUGUUUCUUUGUUUAAUAUGUCGUUGUUGUUGGUUUUUUUUGUUUUUGCAUAGUACAAAAUUCCAAAUAAACUUAUUUCAAAAUGUUGUUCACUUGAUUCUAUGUCCAUACUUUUAAUAAAGGAUUACAGUGUAACAGCAUUAAAUGUAAAUGUAACAGCAUAAGCACUCUGGGCUCUAUCCUGGCCAUUUGUGGCCACUUCACUUAUUCUUUU